AUGAGUUGGUUUACGCCUGAUGGUAGGAAAUACAAGAGCUUGUUCGGAUAAAUUCGUUCCAAGAUGUGUGUUAUUUUGAUAAAAGGUGUAAUUAUUCGGUAAUAUGUUUGAAGGGGCAUGUAGCAUACCCUCCACAGCGACACGUGCUAGUGAAGUAAAGGAUGACAAAAAAGAAACCCUCUCCACAAAAUCGCAUCUGGGAAAAGGAGCGACGGGAACGGCUGAACAAAACAUUCGAUGAUCUUCAGCGCCUUCUUCCUGACCAUGAACCAGCAUCCGCGCUCAGCAAGGUGGAAAUCCUGCAACGGGCAAUCGAGCUCAUUAGUAAACUACAAAAAAAGAUUAAGGUGCUGAUAGAAGAAUGCAAUGAUCCACUGAAAGAACAUGUUAAGGAGCAAGAGCAUCGUCUACAGCGGCUGCUAGUUAGAAAUGAAGAACUGGCGGGAUUAUUGCGCAAGGCCAAAAUUAACGUUCCACCAUGCAAGUAUACGAUCGCCGAGGAGGAUAUACAGCGACAGAAUGAGGAGAAAGAGAAUGGAAACCGGGAUAAGAAACCGGUAGCGAAGCAACGUCGCACGGGAACAACUCCCAAAAAAUCACCUGUGAUAGACAAACAGCCUCCGGCAAGUGUAGCGAGUUCGGAGUCUUUAGAGUUAAGUGUUGUUAAAUGUAUUCCAUCGACCGUCAGUGGGGUGAACGGUGCGCUCAGCAGUUGCAGUUCUUGCAGUAUCUUAGCCACUACUGGGCCACCUGCAUUGAGACACUCAAAUGGCAUUGGUCCCGGAAAUGGUGUGAACGUCACACCUGCUCUACAUCCCACCCCGAUAAUGACCACCAGCGUUAUAAUAUCAAACAAUGGGAACCUUGUACAAGUACCGAUCGUGGCGCCUCCCUCGUCGUUACUUAUCGUUGGAAAUGAAGAUGUCCGAUCAAAAAUAAAUCUAAAAAAUCGUCCCACUGAUGCCAGCCCGGCACGAUAUAGAGGCAAGCGGGGGAAAUUUACCAUAAAAUCGAUUGACCUUAUCCCCGGCAGGAUAGUGAAUGGUAAGAUACCAAUACCACCAUUAAGAAGAAAUACGUCCGACAGCUUGAAAGCAGCUUCCAAAGCGCCCAGAUUGAAACGGAAGCGAUUGAUUGAAAAGUGUAAAAGGAUGCGAAAAUCCAGCACGUCAACAUCUACCACUACUAGGCAGAAUAAAGCUCAUGAUUCAAAGCUAGCAAAACGCCCACGGCUCCAUGAGAUAGGAAAAACUUACAACGAAGGAAAUACGAAAAGCGACGGUGACACACAUCAAAAGCAAAAUGAGCACGUGCUUGACCCAGCAGUUAGUAAAAUCCCACCCAAAGAACAACGGAAAAAUACUCAUACGAAUUUGAACGAACCAGCACGCGAAACACAUCUAGAUAUUAGUUUAAACCAAACGGAACUGACGGAAGAUAUUUUUGCAAACCUACAUGUUGGCCCCGAUGGUUCAAAUGUGCAUGGAAAUGGAAACGAAGAUGGCACACUAUCACCGACAGCAGCUUACCUGAUGAACUUUCCGAUUGUAGCUGGCGGUGGCAAAGCAGCUGGCAAUCAUGCAGACACCGGCGAAGGUGAAGAAUGCCAGCACGAUUCAGCGCCAGUAGAACACCAACCAUCGAAGUCAAACAUUACUGCGACAAACGAGCAAACAAAUGGUAUAUUAUUGGAUAAUUUUUCAUCGUAUUUCAACUACGGACACAUAGAUACGAUGGGCGUAGGAGGUGCCCCAACGAUGGGACAUGAUGUUUCAGCUUUACACUCGAUUCCCACAUUAGCGGCGAGUGUGUCGACGGCAGUAACGACAACAUCCCAUUCAAUUGCAGCUACCGGUUCCACCACGAAGGAAAACAAUUUCACCAAUUUCCCCACCAUUUAUCAAUCGAUCGAUAAUAUGCUUGAUAAUAGACCUGUAGCGACAAACAGAUCGACGGCGGUUGGUUCAACGAACAGAUCCCUCUCGACGGAUACGGACUUCCCUGGCAGUGUAACGUUUACCUUCACGCUUACAUCUAACACCUGUACAGCUCCGACGACGGCACAACCUACGAUCGGUUCAGCUCAUUUUUAUGGCUCUUCCUGUGGUGCUCUUAACCCGGUGAAAGCAGUAGACGAGUUUAGCUCACCGCUAAAACCAUCGAUUGAAUUUACAUUCUCGCUUACCAGCACGACCGCUUCACAGCCCCGUACCGUUCAAUCGCAGUACACUAACAGCUCGAUGCUGGCGACAACGAUGACCACGCCGUCCUACGAGACGUAUGGAUACUUUCACAAAAAUGUUUCCAAAGCCGGCAACUAUUGUGCAUCAUUUAAUGUGCUCGAUCCAUUACUGGCCACCGAAAAGCCCGCCACCAGCUUUACGUUUAGCCUUACGUCCUCUACUAAGACGGAACCGGCAUACGCGCAAUCGACAAUAGUGACGGUCUCGUCCACCAACACUACACAAACGUACGGGACGCCACCGAAGUUGUCCACGAAGCAGUACCAUCAGCCAACUGUAGACAGUUUUCCACCAAAGCAAACACCUGCUCCCAAGGCGGAUAAGGUUUCCCAGAGGGCAAACAAAGGAAAUGGUUCUCACAGUGCUCAUGCAAAUGGGAUGCAGCAGCAACAACCGCAACAGCAGCCGAAUCAGUCUCAACAGCAGUCAGCAUCCAAAUACGAUGUAUCCUGGAUGGCAGCAGGUGUACAUAACGGCCAAUCUACAGUCUCAUCCCAUAGUAAUCAACAUCAACAAACGCAGCAUUCGAGCUACGAGCCUGCACCCUUGAUCGAGUUCCCAACAACGGUCGGCUAUAGCACCACGAACAACUACAAAUCGGACAUCUUUUUUGCGCAUCCACCGGGCGAAGAGCAUAAUCUAACAUGGUCAUCACCUAGCAAACUGUCCAACAUACUGAACGAUAGUUCAUCGCCAUAUUUUCCACCCGUAACGCUUCCCACGCUGAAUGGCGAUUUAGCGCUCAACACUUCCGGUGGUGUAAAUUCGUUUGGUGGUGGUGUAAGUGCCGGCCCCACUCACAAACCGACAAGCUGCAAAGUCGCUACAAAUCACACCAAAAAAUCGUACACGCACAGUAGCUCCGUAGGAACGGUACACAAUGAAGCACCAUCCAGUGGUAGCUUCCUUUCCGUAAGCCAACUCGUAAAUGAACCCUCGAAAUCCUAUCCCGGCAAUACCAACAGCAAUGUGAUUGCAAUGAGCGGUAGCAGCAGUUCCGGCGUAUGUCAGCAGAAACCGGCAAAUAAUAAUUAUUCGGCCGAGGCUCUGAUCGGCAACUCGUACACCACUCAUUCGAACUAUUCUUCCGUUGGUCUGGAGAAUGGACGUAAGGAUAAGCCGUUCGAGUAUGGAACCAACACGAUAGACAAUGUUCCAAAUACGGCGGGUCCUUUAAUACUGAAUUUCGAUUCAUUUGCAAACACGUCCGGGAUGGAUUACAAUAAGGGAUAUAAUUUUGGUAAUCAACAAAAUGGGUACAUUACCUCAUCGUACGGAGACGCUGCGUACAGUGGAUCGAGCAAUUGUGGUAUAGCAUCGAACGUUGCCACAUCGUCCAGUAUACCUUACUACGGGAAGGCAUCAGUUGCGCAAGGUUACUAUAACCAAUCGAGCACGGAAGGUACGAUGUUGGAGACGGGAUCUUCUUCAACUGCCGCAAACUAUCCCAGCGCAAGUCAUCCUCAAUCCAUUGGACAAGAUUAUGCACCCUACUAUCUGCCAGCUUUUGGAGAGAAAAAGCAAUAUCCCACACCAACGCAUGGUGGAUCAUCUGACCAGCCGGGUACUAAAAUAAAGAAAAGCCACAAAUCAACCGCUGUUGUUCCUGCGGUGGACUAUGUUUGCCAUGCUACUGUCACUUCUACUACGAUGGCUUCUACUACCAUGAGUUCUAGUACCUCAAACUAUAGCUAUACGUCGUUGAGUAAUGUAUCGAAUAAUGCGCUAAUUGCAUCUUCAGGAUCUUUAGAUCAUGGUACAUCACAAAUGGAUGUUUCAUCUUAUUCAAACUACCAUCAUCAUCAUCGGCACAAUUACCAUCAGCAGCAGCAGCAGCAACAACGAUUGCCCAUUCAACAAGCGGGGAAUAUAACAUCCGACUCUUACAGUAGCACAUCCUCAGGAACGGCGGUUAGUCGCAAACCUGUGUCUGCAUCCACCACUACUGCUUCAUCGUACAACUACACGCAAUAUUCGUCGGAAAAAUCUAUCCAACCAUCACACCACGACGCACACCAACAGCAGCCAUCCUAUUCGACAUCAUUCGUUGGUGGCCAUCAUAGCCAUCAUUUAAAUCUCUCGUCCUGCAUCAACCCUUCCCCGGCAGUUAGUUAUGCAAACGUGCAUUCGACACAUUCUGCUUACGGACAGCAAACAGCAACUUCCCAUCAGGGUCACUACUAUCGACAGUCACAUCAACAGCAGCAGCAGCAACAUCACCAACUACCGGGCAUGUCUUCUUCCACCAGCUCAGCCGUUCCUGUGCCCAACAGUAGCAGUACAUCGAGUAGCACCAUAACGAACUUCAACCUGAGUACAAUAUGUCCGGAAAUUAAUGACAAAACGGGCCGGUCAAGAGAUGGCCGAUCGGCAGUAACAUCCGUACCGGGAACGGUUGCAGCAACAACGGGAAUACCAUCAUCCGUUCCCUCUAUAAUAGCUCAUUGGUAAUAAGACAGGCUUACCAAAAGGCAGGGUACUGUUGAGUGAGAAUUUCGAAUCUAGUGCAAUCAUUUUAAAGCAUACUCUUUGUAUAAACUAAUUCUUAGGCUUAGGUAUCUAUCGCCAUUUAGCUAGGAUAGGGUGAGGGAAAAGGGGAGACAAAAACAUUCUACAACUGCGUGUGUGUGUCUCCGAAGUCAACUGUUUGCAGACUGUUUGUGGUGUAUAGUGUCGAAGGCUUUCUGUAAGCUAUUGAAAUGUUUAAUUUUAUUAACUUAAAUCUAUUACUAAUAAAGCAUAUUUAACUUAUGCAAU